AUGAAUCUGACUGCAAGACGUGAAAGAUUUCGCGCAAUCCUGGCGGGCGACCGGUGCGUUCACCCCGCCUCCGUAUUCGACCCCAUGUCGGCCAGGGCCGCCGAGGAUAUCGGUUUCGAGGUAGGCAUGUUUGCCGGUUCCAUCGCUUCCGGCACGGUGCUGGGCGCCCCUGACCUCAUCGUCCUGACCCUCACCGAGUUUGCCCAGCAGAUCCACCGCAUCUGCCGCGCCGGCGACAUCAGCCUGAUGGUUGACGCCGACCACGGCUACGGAAAACGCUCUCAACGUGAAGCGCACGGUGGAGGAACUGGAGACAGCCGGUGUAUCCUGUCUGACCAUCGAAGACACCCAGCUACCCUUGGGCUUUGGCGCCGCCGGAGAGGGGUCAGUUAA